GGGAGAGGGACGAGGGCAGAGAGGUGGAGGAUGUAGAGACGAGGGCAGAGAGGUGGAGGAUGUAGGGCAGAGAGGUGGAGGAUGGAGGGUAGAGAGGUGGAGGAUGGAGGGUAGAGAGGUGGAGGGUGGAGGGACGAGGGCAGAGAGGUGGAGGGACGAGGGUAGAGAGGUGGAGGGUAGAGAGGUGGAGGGUGGAGGGCAGAGAGGUGGAGGAUGGGGGGACGAGGGUAGAGAGGUGGAGGGCAGAGAGGUGGAGGGACGAGGGCAGAGAGGUGGAGGAUGGAGGGACGAGGGUAGAGAGGUGGAGGGUAGAGAGGUAGAGAGGUAGAGGGUAGAGAGGUAGAGGGUAGAGAGGUGGAGGGACGAGGGCAGAGAGGUGGAGGAUGUAGGGUAGAGAGGUGGAGGGACAAGGGCAGAGAGGUGGAGGGUGGAGGGACGAGGGUAGAGAGGUGGAGGGUAGAGAGGUGGAGGGUAGAGAGGUGGAGGGACGAGGGCAGAGAGGUGGAGGAUGUAGGGUAGAGAGGUGGAGGAUGUAGGGUAGAGAGGUGGAGGAUGUAGGGUAGAGAGGUGGAGGGACGAGGGCAGAGAGGUGGAGGGACGAGGGCAGAGAGGUGGAGGGACGAGGGCAGAGAGGUGGAGGGACGAGGGCAGAGAGGGUGGAGGGACGAGGGCAGAGAGGAUGGAGGGACGAGGGCAGAGAGGAUGGAUGGACGAGGGCAGAGAGACGAGGGCAGAGAGGUGGAGGGACGAGAGCAGAGAGGUGGAGGGACGAGGGCAGAGAGGGGAAGGAGAAAAAUAGUUAGCACAAACUUUUGCUAUGGUUGUCAUAGCAAAAUGAAGAAGAAUAAUGAAAGAUUUCUACUUCGUGUUCAGCGUAGAAGAAUAGUUUCCCCUUUUGUUGAUAAACCUCCAUUGCCUAAGCAAUUACAAUGUGUAACAACACACAUGCCCCGCCCACCUGAGGAUCUGUCUUUUUCCACCAUCUAUUUCCAAUGUUUUGAGGGAUGCAAAAUCCACUUAUCACUUGGAUUGAUUACUUUCAUUUUACUCCUGCUUCAUACUCUUGCUUGUGCCUGAUGUUUUUUCCCCAUUUAAUAUUAUGGCCGUGGAAAUGUGGACUCUGGAGUGAUGAAUCGCGCUUCACCAGCUAGCAGUCCGACGGACGAAUCUGGGCCAACUGUAAAGUUUGGUGGAGGAGGAAUAAUGGUCUGGGGCUGUUUUUCCAUGGUUCGCGCUAGGCCCCUUAGUUCCAGUGAAGGGUAAUCUUAACACUAAUGCUCUUGUGGCUGAAUGGAAGCAAGUCCCCGCAGCAAUGUUCCAACACCUAGUGGAAAGCCUUCCCAGAAGACUGGAGGCUGUUAUAGCAGCAAUGUUCCAACAUCUAGUGGAAAGCCUUCCCAGAAGAGUGGAGGCUGUUAUAGCAGCAAUGUUCCAACAUCUAGUGGAAAGCCUUCCCAGAAGACUGGAGGCUGUUAUAGCAGCAAUGUUCCAACAUCUAGUGGAAAGCCUUCCCAGAAGACUGGAGGCUGUUAUAGCAGCAAUGUUCCAACAUCUAGUGGAAAGCCUUCCCAGAAGACUGGAGGCUGUUAUAGCAGCAAUGUUCCACCAUCUAGUGGAAAACCUUCCCAAAAGAGUGGAGGCUAUUAUAGCAGCAAUGUUCCAACAUCUAGUGGAAAGCCUUCCCAAAAGAGUGGAGGCUAUUAUAGCAGCAAUGUUCCAACAUCUAGUGGAAAGCCUUCCUAAAAGAGUGGAGGCUGUUAUAGCAGCAAUGUUCCAACAUCUAGUGGAAAACCUUCCCAAAAGAGUGGAGGCUAUUAUAGCAGCAAUGUUCCAACAUCUAGUGGAAAGCCUUCCCAAAAGAGUGGAGGCUAUUAUAGCAGCAAUGUUCCAACAUCUAGUGGAAAGCCUUCCCAGAAGAGUGGAGGCUGUUAUAGCAGCAAUGUUCCAACAUCUAGUGGAAAGCCUUCCCAGAAGAGUGGAGGCUGUUAUAGCAGCAAUGUUCCAACAUCUAGUGGAAAGCCUUCCCAGAAGACUGGAGGCUGUUAUAGCAGCAAUGUUCCAACAUCUAGUGGAAAGCCUUCCCAGGAGAGUGGAGGCUGUUAUAGCAGCAAUGUUCCAACAUCUAGUGGAAAGCCUUCCCAGGAGAGUGGAGGCUGUUAUAGCAGCAAUGUUCCAACAUCUAGUGGAAAGCCUUCCCAGGAGAGUGGAGGCUGUUAUAGCAGCAAUGUUCCAACAUCUAGUGGAAAGCCUUCCCAGGAGAGUGGAGGCUGUUAUAGCAGCAAUGUUCCAACAUCUAGUGGAAAGCCUUCCCAGAAGACUGGAGGCUGUUAUAGCAGCAAUGUUCCAACAUCUAGUGGAAAGCCUUCCCAGGAGAGUGGAGGCUGUUAUAGCAGCAAUGUUCCAACAUCUAGUGGAAAGCCUUCCCAGAAGAGUGGAGGCUGUUAUAGCAGCAAUGUUCCAGCAUCUAGUGGAAAGCCUUCCCAGGAGAGUGAAGGCUGUUAUAACAGACUCCAGGGGGGACCAACUAUAUAUUAAUGCCCAUUAUUUUGGAAUGAGAUGUUCGACGAGCAGGUGUCCAAAUACAUUUGGUCAUAUAGUGUAUAUUUUGUGACGUCCCCACAAUGUAACCACCAAACUGUUCCCACAACCUAACAAAACAGUCGGGGAACCUUUAAAGAACAGACCAAAUGUGUUCUGGGAACGUUCAGAGCGAGGCGCUAGGACUUUAGCCUAUUGCCUCUUUGAUUUAUGAUUUGACGACCACAAGCGACACGCUCCACUCUCCUGGAAAGCUGGAGCAUCAGCAUAAAUUAUACCAUUUCUCAAUCUCUCGACUGCAGCUGCCGCGUUCGGAUUUGUUACGGGCCCUUCCGAACAAGUCUGUUAAAAUUACACAUACCCAUGAAGACAUCGAGUAUAAACAAUGCAGGGUAGACAGAGCAAGUUUUUAGUGGUUGAAGCCCCACCCCUUUUUGUUCAUCUAUUCAUAUAUGCAAAUGCAGCGGGUGUAUUUAUGCAAAUGAGAUACAAUUAACUUUCUUUAUUUUAAACAACUUGUAUUGAGAAAAAUACCCGAUAAAAUAAGAAAGUGUAUACGAGUGCAUUCUAAGGAAAAUAAGUGACAA